AUGCCUACAAAAAAUCAAUUGAUUCGUCAUGGUAGAGAAGAAAAACGGCGCACGGACCGUACUCGAGCUUCGGAGCAAUGUCCCCAGAAGCAAGGAGUAUGCCUGCGUGUUUCGACGAGAACACCGAAAAAACCUAAUUCAGCUCUACGUAAGAUAGCAAAAGUACGGUUGAGCAAUCGACAUGAUAUAUUUGCUCACAUUCUAGGCGAAGGUCAUAAUUCGCAGGAACAUUAUAUAGUCUUAGUAAGAGGAGGUAGAGUGAAAGAUUCGCCAGGUGUGAAAUCCCAUCGUAUUCGAGGAGUCAAGGAUUUGCUGGGAAUUCCGGAUCGUAGAAAGGGAAGAUCUAAAUAUGGUGCAGAAAGACCUAAAUCGAAAUGAAUGGAAGAUGCCUCUGGAACUUUUUGGUU